AUGAUUAUGAAACUUUACAGGGGAGUUAUGACGAAAUUUCCGCAUCCCGCUUCUACUGCAGGAACAAAGAGGCGCAGACCUAAGCUUCAUAAGACUGAAGAUGAGACCGUUGAGGAUGACAACAAUAUUAAUAAAGAGAACAACGGUACCACUAACAAUGGUCAUGACGCCAUUGUCUCCAAGAGACCAAAGAGAACAGCUGCCUGUUCUAAUUUCAAACAGAAGGCAGUUGACUUGUCUGAAGAAGAUAUGCUUGUCACAAUCAAGGAAAUUCGGAUUGAAGAGGAAACAGAGGCUGUUAGGUUGACAAAAACAGGGCCUGAAGAUAAGAAACCUCGCAGAAAACUCUCUUAUUUCAUCCUGCAUGAUGGAGAUGGUAAUCCGCAACCUUUUGAAAUGUCUCGAAGUGAUGGUAUCUCCAUAACAGCUGUUGUCAUGCCUUUUGAUGCUGAUAUGAAGAAGCCCAGGGAAAAGGGAAUACGCUGUGAGAGAUUUGGGCCAAUCAAGGACUGGGCAAUUUCUGGCUAUAAAGAAAGCACUGUCAUAAUUUGGCUCUCAACAGAACUAGCUGAUUACGAAUGUGUGAAGCCAGCAAGUAGUUACCGGUCUUUUUUUGAUCUUUUCAGUCAGAAGGCUCAUAUCUGUGUUGAAGUUUACAGAAAGCUAGUCAGAUCAGUUGGCGGAAAUCCUUUGCUGGGUCUGGAAGAGUUGCUUGCUAGUGUUGUACGUUCCAUUAAUUCAGAGAGAAGUUUCAGGGGAACGGUGAGAAAGGACUUUGUAAUCUCAAUUGGCGAGUUUAUCCAUAACCAGCUUACUGCAUUGGACCAUACAGCAAACAACGAUGAUGAGAUACUGUCCACACUGCCUGCUCUUGUUGCCCUAAGAGAUGGAUGUAAAUCUAGGGUGGAAUUCAGCAGGUUGGCAGCUAUGACCUCAGAUGGAACUCUGACAAUCAAGGAUGGGCAGUGUAAGGAGGCUACUGAAAACGAGGAUGAAGAUGAGAAAUUAGCAAGACUGUUGCAGGAUGAGGAAGAGUGGAAGAUGAACAAGAAGCAGAGAGGCAAGCGUGAAAAUUCACAGAACAAUGUCUACAUCAAGAUUAGUGAAACGGAGAUUGCCAAUGACUACCCAAUGCCAGCAUACUACAAACCAUCUAGCAUAGAAAUGGAUGAGUACAUGCUUGACAGCGAAGAUGACAUGCUUGUUGGGGAACUGCCAACAAGAAUACUCAACAAUUGGGCUCUGUAUAAUUCAGAUGCCAGACUCAUCCCUUUGGAGCUCAUUCCUAUGAAGGCAGGUGCUGAAAAUGACAUAGUGAUCUUUGGGUCUGGUUUUAUGAGAGAAGAUGAUCAUACUUUCUGUUCAACAGCCGAGCCAACACAGUUAUCUUCUUCCACAAGUAAAUCUGACCAGGAAGAUCAAGGGAUUGCAAUUUAUCUAAGUCCAAUCAAGGAGUGGGUUGUAGAAUUUGGUGGUGAAAUGAUCUGCAUAUUAAUUCGAACAGACAUAGCGUGGUACAAAUUACGCCAGCCAACAAAGCAGUAUGCGCCAUGGUGUGACACUGUCCUUAAAACAGCAAGGCUGGCUGUCAGUGUCAUCAAACUUCUAAAAGAACAAACUCGUGCUUCAAAACUUGCUUUCGCUGAUGUUGUUAAGAGAGUAGCAGAAUUUGAGAAAGGGCAGCCUGCAUUUAUUUCAACAAAUGCAGCGCUCGUUGAACGAUAUGUUGUGGUGCAUGGACAGAUAAUUCUUCAGCAGUUUGCAAGUUAUCCAGAAAGGACUAUUCAACAAAGUGCCUUCAUCACAGGGCUUCUCGCGAAGAUGGAAGAACGAAGGCACACAAAGCUAGCGCUGAAGAAAAAAACUCAGGCAACGAGGGGAGAGAAUCUGAACCCAAGUGCAAAUAUGGGCCCAAUACUUAAAAGAAAACUUAUGCGUGCGACAACUACAGGGUUGAUCAGCAAGAUAUGGAGUGAUUACUAUGCAACCCAUUUCCCAGAGGACUCAAAGGAGGGAGGUGAGAAUGAUGAACAAAAGGAAAUUGAGGAGGUACAGGAAGAGAAUGAAGACGAUGAUGCUGAGGUGGAGGUUAAAGUUGACGAGGAACAUGUUUUCAGGACCCCGCCAUCAACGAGGUCUAAAAAGCCAUCAUCAAAUGCUUGUGAAGAAACCGAAUGGGAAGGCCAAACAGUUGGGAAAACACUCUCUGGAGAAGUUCUGUACAAGUGUGCUAGAGUUCGAGAUCUCAGUAUUGCUGUUGGUGGGGCAGUCACACUAGAAGAUGAUUCAGGAGAAGCCAUCAUGUGUUUUGUUGAGUAUAUGUAUGAGAAACAUGAUGGUACACAAAUGAUCCAUGGAAGAAUUCUGCAAAAAGGUUCACACACUGUCCUUGGCAAUGCUGCAAAUGAACGAGAGGUUUUCUUUACUGAUGACUGUUUAGAAUUCGAAGCAAGUGACAUCAAAGAAUCAGUGUCCGUCAAUUUUCAGCAGAUUCCUUGGGGCCACGAGUGCAGAAAGGAGCAUUUAGAAGCUAUUAAGAUGGAGAGGGCCAAGGCAGAGGACAGGAAGAGGAAAGGUUUGCCUGUGGAGUAUUUCUGCAAAAGCUUAUACUGUCCUGAGAAAGGCGCCUUUUUCUCCCUCCCUUCUGAUAAACUGGGCACUGGAACUGGCUGCUGUAGUUCUUGUGAGGAGCGAGAAGCAGUUGGUGAUGAAUUCAAAAUAUUAUCAGAGACCAGCUUUGUCCUCAAGAAUGUUACAUACAGUGUUCAUGACUUUCUGUACAUCAGGCCUGAGUUUUUCUCUGAAGUCGAGGGUCAGGGGACCUACAAGGCUGGAAGAAAUGUAGGCCUGAAGCCUUAUGUGGUGUGUCGUCUGCAGAGUAUCAAAGCUUCUGCUGGAUCGAAGAAAGCUAAUCCAGAAUCAACCAAAGUCAGUGUAAGAAGGCUAUACAGGCCAGAUGAUAUUUCAUCAGCGAAAGCUUACUCUUCAGACAUCAGAGAGGUUUACUACAGUGAAGAUGUAGUGAGUGUGCCGGUUGUGAUGAUAGAGGGGAAAUGUGAGGUUACAGCAAAGAACGACCUUCCAAACCCAAAUCUUCCAGUAGUGGUUGAUCAUGCCUUUUACUGCGAAUAUCUUUAUGAUCCUAAGACUGGAGCUCUCAAGCAGCUACCGACCAAUGUUAAGCUCGAGAUCCUGACAAGGAAGGCACAUGCUGUGAAAAAGAAUAAAGGAAAGCAGAUUUGUGAUGAUUUGCGAGCUGAUUCUGACAAACAGAAGAACGUGGCACCAGAAAACUGUCUUGCAACCCUUGAUAUUUUUGCUGGCUGUGGAGGUUUGUCUGAAGGGUUGCAGCUAUCGGGCGCAUCAUGUACAAAAUGGGCAAUUGAAUAUGAAGAACCUGCUGGGGAAGCAUUUCGUGAAAAUCAUCCAGAGGCAGUGGUAUUUGUGGACAACUGCAAUGUGAUUCUGAAGGCAAUAAUGGACAAGUGUGGUGAUGUUGAUGAUUGCAUCUCGACUACCGAGGCUUCUGACCAAGCAGCUAAAUUUUCAGAUGAGAAGAUCAAAAAUCUCCCUGUGCCAGGUGAAGUAGAGUUCAUCAACGGUGGCCCUCCAUGCCAGGGGUUCUCUGGAAUGAACAGAUUCAACCAAAGUCCAUGGAGCAAAGUUCAGUGUGAGAUGAUUUUGGCAUUCCUGUCCUUCGCGGAGUAUUUCCGGCCCAGGUUCUUCCUUUUGGAAAAUGUUAGGAACUUCGUUUCAUUCAACAAAGGCCAGACCUUCAGACUGACACUAGCAUCACUCCUGGAGAUGGGAUACCAGGUUCGGUUUGGGAUUUUAGAGGCAGGUGCUUAUGGCGUUGCACAGUCCAGGAAAAGGGCAUUCAUCUGGGCGGCUGCACCUGGGGAGACCCUUCCUGAUUGGCCUGAACCAAUGCACGUCUUCGCCAGCCCUGAGCUGAAAAUCAAUCUACCAGAAGGGAAAUACUAUGCCGCUGCUAAGAGUACUGCAGGAGGGGCGCCUUUCCGCUCUAUAACAGUGAGGGAUACAAUCGGUGAUCUGCCGCCGGUGGAGAAUGGUGCCAGCAAACCAACAAUACCGUAUGGAUGUGAGCCGGUCUCCUGGUUCCAGAAGAAGAUUCGAGGCGACGCGUCUUCGUUGAGUGACCACAUAGCUAAAGAAAUGAAUGAGCUGAAUCUCAUAAGGUGCAAGCACAUCCCGAAGCGCCCUGGCUGUGACUGGCAUGACCUCCCAGAUGAGAAGGUGAAGCUAUCGACAGGGCAAACGGUGGAGUUGAUCCCUUGGUGCUUGCCCAACACAGCCAAGAGGCACAACCAGUGGAAAGGCCUGUAUGGGAGGUUGGACUGGGAGGGCAACUUCCCCACAUCAGUGACAGAUCCCCAGCCAAUGGGCAAGGUCGGCAUGUGCUUCCACCCUGAUCAGGACAGGAUCAUCACUGUUCGUGAAUGCGCCCGAUCCCAGGGCUUCCCUGAUGGCUACCAUUUCGCUGGCAACAUCCAGAGCAAGCACCGGCAGAUCGGGAACGCCGUGCCGCCUCCCCUCUCCUACGCGCUCGGGAGGAAGCUCAAGCAAGCCAUCGACGCCAAGCCUCGACUGGCUUAA